AUGGCCUCCUCUCCCCCUCCUCCCGAUCCCCCCACUGCCGUCCCCCUCGCCCUCGUCCCCAUCCCCGCUCCACCCUCCUCCCGCCGCCUCCCUCCUCCCUGCUGGUCCCCCGAUGAAACCCUCGCCCUCAUCGACGCCUACCGCGACAAGUGGUACUCCCUCGGCCGCGGCAACCUCAAGGCCACCCACUGGCAAGAGGUCGCCGACGCCAUCGCAAGCCGCUGCCCCAACGCCUCCCCUCCCAAAACCCCCAUCCAGUGCCGCCACAAAAUGGAGAAGCUCCGCAAGCGCUACCGCACCGAGAUCCAACGCUCUCGCUCCCUCCCCGUUUCGCGAUUCAACUCCUCCUGGGUCCACUUCAAGCUCAUGGACUCCAUGGAGAAAGGUCCCUCCCCUGUUAAACCCGAAAACGUUUCCGAUAAUAGUGAUAACGAUAACGAGGAUGAUGACGAUGAUCAAGAUCUGUACCAGGAGAUCAACCACAACGGCCACAUCAGGAGCUUGAACAAGAUGUAUAGGAAUGGCUUUCCGGGUUCUGGUGCCGGUUCCGGUGCUGGUGGGUUUAGGAUUCGAAUUCCUACUGGGUUGGGUACGGUGCAGCCUGGAUCUGGCUCCAAGGUGUUUGGGAAUCAGAAAUUCAGCCCCAAUUUGAAUCAAAACCCUAACCCUAAUCUCGGGAAUAAGAGGGAGAGGGACCCGGUGGGGGAGUUAGUGGCUGCGAUUAAGGUUUUGGGAGAUGGGUUUGUGAGAACGGAACAGAUGAAGAUGGAGAUGGCGAGGGAGAUUGAGACCAUGCGGAUGGAGAUGGAGAUGAAGCGCACUGAGAUGAUUCUAGAAUCGCAACAGCGGAUUGUGGAGGCAUUUGCCAAGGCCAUUUCGGAAAAGAAGAAGAAGGCCAAGACUGUGUCGUCGCCACAACAGCCUUAA